UCGUUUCAAAAGAAUAAUUAAGGCUAGCAUUAACGCAACCUCUCUACCAUUCCGACUCAAUACCUACUCUCGAUCGCUGCUUCUAACAGACAAAUAAUGAAGUACUUCCUGCUCUUUUUUGCUGUAGCAAUACAUAUUUCUGGUGGCUGGUCAGAGAGCGGCCUCAAUCUAACGGCCCAAAUAACAAGAGCCAGAAACGCUUACUUGGACUUGAUGAAGGAGAAAUGUUAUCAGAACUCAACAGAAGAAUAUCAGCGAUUUGCAGAACUUAUGGACAACGCUACAAAAUGUAUUCACGCAACCGCAGGGCCCAUGGUUGCUACGCCUCUAAAAACCUUAAAGGAUAAUAUUCAGAGCUGUGUGAACGAAUUCAUCGAAGAACUGGAGGAAUGUCUUCCUGAAGACGCGAAAGACUGGCCGCAACUUUCCUUCGAUACUAUGUACUCACUGCUAGAUUUCAUGUACGAGAAUAAGGAGGAAAUUUUUUCACCUAAAGUACGAACUUACCUCCAAAAGUGUGGCGAAGACUUUCAGAAAGACGGCGUUCCGCCUGAACUUGCAAAAUGCAUGAAUUUUUCGACUGCCUUAGAUGUGAAGACUUCCUGUCAAGAAUUGCGUGACAUGGAGAAAUGUUUUAUGGAACCUGUGAACAAGAGAUGUCCAGGGGAUGAAUCUAUCGAAAAACUGAAAAUGGGAUUUUUGGAAGCUUUGAAAGAACCUUGUGCUGAGUACGACGUGACUGAGAAUCCUGUGGACAAUGUUUUCACUUUAUUAGCUCCUUAUGCACCACCCAAUAUGAAUCCAGACCUUAUGUAAAACAUUGUAAAAAAAAUGUAUAUUAUUAGAUUUGAUACCUAUGUAAUAAAAUUUUUAAAAAUUG